AUGACCUGGAGGUUCCUCCGCGCCCGAGAGAGACAAAGCUUCCCAUCUUAUACUAUUGCUUUGUCUCUCUUCUCUUCUAUUGCUUUCUCCGUGAAAUUACAACGUAGCCUUCGCGGUGGCAAGAUCCUUUCUUCAGGUGGCAGCGACAGAGAAGGUUGCUUCCCCUCUCAGAGUUGUUCAGAUCGAAGGAUUGGUAACUCUCCAUGA